GAAAUACAAAAACGCCUACGGGAAGUCGGAGGGGAAAAUCAGUGGCAAUCCGCGGAAAUCAUCAACAGCACUAUUUUGCUUUACUAAGCUAGCUAUCCAUCUGUCAAACCCUAUUCUCGCUGUAUUUACUGCUACAAAACGCCACAGUGGCGAUGUCGGAGUCUUACGAUUUCCUGUUUAAAUUCCUGGUGAUCGGGAACGCAGGGACAGGCAAAUCAUGUUUGCUGCAUCAGUUUAUAGAGAAGAGAUUUAAGGAUGAAUCCAACCACACCAUUGGAGUGGAGUUCGGCUCUAAAAUCAUCAGUGUGGUCAACAAAAUCGUCAAACUGCAGAUUUGGGACACUGCCGGACAAGAAAGGUUCAGGUCUGUGACCAGAAGUUACUAUAGAGGAGCCGCGGGAGCGCUACUCGUCUAUGACAUCACUAGUCGUGAGACCUACAACGCUCUCACCACGUGGCUCAGUGAUGCACGCAUGCUAGCCAGUCAGAACAUCGUCAUCAUCCUGUGUGGAAACAAAAAGGAUUUGGAUGCUGACAGAGAGGUUACCUUCCUGGAAGCUUCACGCUUUGCUCAAGAGAACGAGCUGAUGUUUCUGGAGACCAGUGCUCUGACAGGUGAAAAUGUUGAAGAAGCUUUUGUCCAAUGCGCUCGAAAAAUUCUCAACAAGAUAGAAUCAGGUGAGUUGGAUCCAGAGCGAAUGGGAUCAGGGAUCCAGUAUGGCGAUGCUGCAUUGCGCCAGCUUCGUUCCCCUCGCCGUGCUCAGCCACAGGGCACCCAGGAGUGUGGCUGCUAGUAAGCGCACAGAGGCAACAUCAACAAUCACAUGGGACCUAAAACUCUUCUGGUGACUCCUCCCUGACAUUAACGUGGAACCUUUGUUGUCAUGGCGACACAUGUGAGGAACCCAAGCAGCCUUCCCAGACGGCCACGCCCAUUAGCAGAGCCCCCUUGCCAUCGAGGUAAAAGGAAUGGCAUCUAUGUAACUGUGCCACCUUAUUUUGCCAGCUCACCUGUAUUUACUCCAUAGCUAUGAUGCCCUCUCCCCGCUGUUUACAUCCCAUCUCAUGUCUUCUUCUACAGUACAUCAUCUUCCAAACUGUACAUUGCAUCUCCAUAGAGAGUUUGACGCAUGUUUGCUCCAACACACUAUCAAAGUAUUUCCAAUAAGAGAUACCAUUGAAUUAGAUGUCAUAUUUACAUGUGCUUCAUUCUCCCAUGUAUUAUCAUUAUUACAAUCAUAUCCAGCGACAGUAUAUACAUACAAACACUGCAGAUGGGCAGUACUGUUUGCUGCCAAUUGUAUAUUUUGUAAAGGAGACACGGAAGAUGUAGAUGAACUGACUAAUGUAAGAAAAAUAAUACUUAUAUCAGUGGUGUAAAUGAUAUUAUAGCAUACAUCAUACGCAACAUACUGACACCGUAGCAUGUUUAACAAUAAUGUUCCUCACUUUUCAGUGUUGCUUGUUUACAUUACUCUUGUGGUAAAAAAGAGAAAGCGUUUUAAGCAAAAUGUUGUGAAACUCUCUGUGCUUAGGUUUGUUCAUUUUGUUUCCUCUUUUAACGUUCAGCCACAAGCUUAUAAUACGUCUUAGAUUGAAUGAGCAGAGGCUAUUUUAACGUUGUCUCUGUUGUUUUUACAUUGGAAUAAAACAAAGCACACGUUUGAAGAGAGGAGGAGUUGGAAAUGAAGAAUAUUGUAUUCUAAAAAUGUGGCCGCCCAAUAUCAUAUUGCUUUCUUUUGUGUUUGUCAUCAAUGUCCUGAAUUUAUACUUUGUCACUUUUCUCUCAUUAUGAAUAUCAUGACUUUUUAAUUUAUUGUGUAUGAUAAAGGCAUAUGUUUUUAAAAUAAAAAAGAUAAAGAAAUCCAUUACGUAUUUGGAAAUUCUGUC